UUGACAUGUACACACCCGCUGCCUUCGUUUGUACCGUAGACGGGGUAUUUAUUCUUCGCUGCAGGGCAGCACCUGAAAAUGGACAAAGCUGGAAAGGCUAUUUCUCAAAGCCUCGCUCGCAUUGGGCCGGCGGCCGCUGGUUUGGGCGCUGCCAUAGAACCCUCGGUGUCCGCCGCGACAAAGAUCACGGCUGAUUACGCCAAAGAGAUUGGCAAAAAGGCUUCCAAUUUCGCGUCCAAACACCCCGCAGUGGUCGCCGGCGUCGUCCUCGGCACCGCCAUUGCGGCAGCACCCCCGCUGGUGCUACCUGCUGUCGGAUUUGGUAAUGGUGUCGCUGCAGGCUCUGUGGCUGCUGGCAUCCAGAGCUGGAUGGGAAACGUUGCAGCUGGAAGCUGGUUUGCCGUAUGCCAGAGCGCCGGUGCCGGAGGGGCUGGCGCGGCCGUGGUGAAUGGUGCUGCCCAGGUUGCUGGGGCUGUCGUGGGUGCUGCUGUCGCUGGGGGCAAUCACGUCUUGGGAAAAACUAAGAAGGUGUGAUCGAUUUGGCUCUCUUUAACCUUAGAUUCUCUCGUUCAUUGGCGGUCGGGUACUUCUCGGGAGGUUAGACGGAUCUUGGAAUCCUUCAGUGAAACCCAAAGUGUCGUGCCUUGUUGGUACGGAUACUUUUCGG